AGUGUUACUGAGUCCACAGAGCAACAAACUCCACAAAUGCUCCUUUUUUUGUCACCUUUUUUAUCAGAUGACAUUAAAAGUGGUGAAAUGAGGUCAUUUCUGCACUGAAUCCAAAGAGGCCACAAAGGUGGAGCAGGCAUGUGGUGAUGAUGUGAGCUGAUCAUCACUUCCUGUUUGGAGACAUGAAUCAUCUGAAAUGUGAAGGUUCAUCUCCAGGCUCUUUGUGACGGGUCUGGAUUUUCCUACAUCUGAGUUUCAAUGGUUCAGGUAGACUGAGCGGGUCGGGCUUGACACAGUGGAAAGGUUCCUUGUGUCUCUGAGUUUUAGUAUCCUCAUCAGUAACUACAAACAAAAUAAAUACAGUCAUGUUUAAAAUAAAACAAGAUAAAUGUCCCAGGUCAGGUUCUCCUUUCAGGUGUUACUAAUCCAAUCCAAUGUAACUUUGAGGUGAAUAUAGUUUGAUUUCAGCGACUGACUGAGUUAUUUAAACAGUUUCAUUUGAAUGUCCUGUUUUUUUAUAGCCUUUUUCCCUGCAGUAACCACACAGUACUUUUACUGGAGUACUUUGAAGUACAUGUCAGGUAGUUCAGUCUGAGUACAUAAAAUAAACUGUAAACAAAACCAUAAAGAUAUACAAAAAGGUCUUCCCUUCAAUCAGUGGACGCUGCGAUGCACGCGUGAGGCAGCAGGGGGCGCCAUUGAGCCGGCGUUUCUGAACACUUCCGGUACAAAAGAAGCGGCUGUGAGACGAACAGUAGCUAACGGUAGCCUCUGCAGUACGUUUAUUCGACUUAAUUAUUUUUUUUACUCUACUAAAAUGUUUGAGGCCGGAAAUCUGUCGCUGACACACACGCGAGCUUCACGCUAACGGUAGGAACCACAGUGACGAAGAGAGAGGUGCUAACGACUAAAAGUGAACUGCUAAGAGGAGCAGUGACGGUGACAGCGGAAGCUAACAGUUUAUUGCUAACACUGUUACAGGUGCAGGUACCUGAGCUGUUUCUCUGGUCUCCAUCCUCACCUGUGCCGUGAAGGUGAAUCAUUAAGUCAGAGAUGAGCAGCUCUGUUCAGAGGAAGAGGCGGAGCACACAAAGUCCUCCGGUUUCUAGACACAAUGCCAAGAGCAGGAGAGCUGCGAGUACCAGGAGGACGGCGAACGCCGACAGUGAUCCCACCCCCCCAACAGAGACCAUUGAUGUGAUGGACGGUGUUUUCAGACCAGACCUGACUCAUCUAGACACACUCAACCUCUCGGCCAAUCAGAGAGCUGCUUCUUUUCGAGGUGAGGAGGAGGUGGUCGUGGAUCUCACCUGUGAGAGUGGAGCAGAAGCUGCUGUGGUCGACCUGACUACCAACAAUGACUCUGUGCUGCUGGUGGAUGAGGGUUCUCAGAACUGGAGACCACCUGUACAGAGUUAUCUUGUUAGCAGCGAUGAAGAUGAAGACACACCCCCCGUCCUCAGUGCCACCCUCCUGCCACCGACAAACACCUCCAGGUCAACUCCAGGGACAAUCAGCUGUCCUGUGUGUCUGGACGGAUACUCAGAGAUCGUUGGGAGCAGCCGAUUGGUCGUGUCCACCCGUUGUGGUCACGUGUUCUGCAGUCAGUGUUUGAGAGACUCUCUGACAUCAUCACACACCUGUCCCACCUGCAGGAAGAGACUUACUCACCGCCAGUACCACCCCCUGUACAUCUGACAUCACUCUGAGACCACAGCUGAGUCCUGCUGCCAUUGGACCACAGGCCAUGAUGUUGGUGUUAUUUGCUGCUGAAUUGUAUUUUUUUUUUCUUUUUUGUGUGUGCGCCUCUUUGGACAUUAAAGUGUUCAGUCAUAGCUGGUAAACAUUAUGGAUUAAUGAUUCAUGUGUAUUGACUUGUUUGUUAAAGCUGAAAUAAAUUUUGAUUUGUUUCACUCAUUGA